AAACAUUUCACUGUUAUGUACAUUUCUUACAGUUUGUCCGUUUAGGGUUUUAAAUAAUAUUUUUCAAAACCCUUCCCAUAACCCGAAAAGAACAAAACCUAAUCUUCUUCUCUCUUUAUUUCACUCUCCACAAGCAAAAUCAGGGCUGCAUGCUAAAAGGUAGUAGACAUCAAAGUAUCAUGCAUGCUGUAAAGGGUGGUUGGGUUGGCCAGACAUUUGCCCUGUCAAAGCGCAAUGAGUCUGGAGGAAGGAAGGCUCGCCUUCGAAUUUCAAAGGGGGAGAGGAAGGAAAUGAUUGAAUCUUUUAUCAAGAAGCACCAGAGUUUAAACAAUGGGAAUUUCCCCUCUCUAAAUCUCACGCAUAAAGAAGUUGGUGGGUCCUUCUAUACUAUAAGAGAGAUUGUAAGAGAAAUUAUCCAAGAAAAUAGAGUGCUGGGUCCUGCUAAGUCCUCGCCAGAGGAGCAGGAUCUUGACAAGUUAUACACUCAGUAUUCAUUGGGCACAGUUUCAUCAGAGCCUGAAGCCUCUGGUUCCAUGCUACCAAAUGGAAGUGCUUUUGCCUCCAGUCAACAUCAGGAUUUAACUGAAGAGGUUUACAUAAUGUCCAAGGAGCUUCAAUACGGAUUUGGCAAUAGAAAAAUCAUCGAUGUAAGUCUUUCACCUCUUAAUAAUAAAGAAAGUGACCAAAAGAUAAGUGUGGAAGAAGGGGUUGUAUCUAGGAGUGAAUCACUAGAAAAAAAUGCUGAUAUGGAAGAAAUGAUAGUCUCAAGGAUUAAACCACUGGAAACAAGCAAAAAUAUGGAUGAAGUGGUUGUAGAUACAAGUGAACCACUGGAAACAAAUAAACGUAUAGGAGAAGCAAUUGUUUCUAGGAAUCAACCACUAGAAACGAAGAGAAGUGACAAAGAAGUGACUGUAUCUACGAGCAAAGUAACUCAAAUAGCAGAUGUCAUUGUAGAGGCCUUUCCAUUGCAACCUGUUACUCAGCCUACUUGCAUUUUGGACGAAAAUUCUGAUGAAGAAAGGGAUUUGAACAGAAGCUUAGUAGAAAAAGAUGUCGAAAAGGUGUUGCUGGAGCCAGUAUCUGACACUUCUUUAUCCAGUGGAACGGAUCUGUUAGAUAACUCUUUCAAGGUUGAUGAUAAAGCAGAAAAGCUAGCAGAUUCGUCGCUUCAACAGGAGUCCAAAUUGCCGGAUGAUAAAGAAGUGAAACACAGGACAGAAUUUCAAAUAGGAAACUCAAAUUCUUUUGCCACCAAAGAUGCCAUCGCACAUGAUGCUCAUGUUGGCAUAGAUGUUGAAAUGAAGGCAACUCAUAAUGAUAUGAAAAGUUCUGAAGCUAAGGUUGUAAAUGCAGCAAAUGGCGCCCUCACCAAAACAAUAGACAGACCGCAUGCCACCAAGAACAGCAUUGCGCCAAUCACCCAACAGAAAGUUAUUCAAAAUAAAUCUGAUGCACAACAUAGCAGCAACUCUCGGAAAGGGAGCACUCCGACUUUAGAGAGAAUUAAGAUUGAAUCAUGGGAAGGAACAUCUAAGAAAUCAACAAAAUCGGAAAGUAACCCGGUGGUGGCUGCUUUUAAAUCUUUUGUAGCUUCCUUUGUAAAAUUUUGGUCUGGAUGAAGCUUGAUUGUGGUAGUUUUAUAUGAAAUUUUUGCAUUAUCAGCCAAACUAAUGUGUAAACUUAGUAGAGCCAUGAUAUGGGGAGGUUAUUUCCAAAUAUUACGUGGGAGAAAUACUUGCAUAUGAUGAGGUAAUGAGCUUGCAUAUACUCGCAUCCCUUUGCUGUCGGUAUGCUUAGCAGAAAUAUUUGUGUCGAUUCUGACCAAGCUGUUGCCGAAAACGACUAAUACUUUGUACGAUCAUGAGGAAGAUAUCCUGAAAUUGACUGCGAAUCGAAGCAUUUCUUGUGAGUA